CUUCUCAUUCUCUCUCUCCUCUCCAUUUCCCAAUGUCCUCCCCCGCCGCCCAACCCCGCAAGUUCCCCCCGCCGUGCUGGACCGACGACGAGGCCCAAGCCCUCAUCUCCGUCUAUAAACAGAAAUGGACCUCCCUCAACCGCACCAACCUCAAAUCCCACGACUGGGACGACGUCGCCGCCUCCCUCGCCGCCCAGUUCCCCGCCGUCUCCCCCUCCAAAACCCCCGUCCAGUGCCACAACAAGAUCGAGAAGCUCCGCAAACGCUUCCGCUCUGAAAAACACCGCGCCGCCGCCCGCCCCGGCCGCUUCUCCCCCUGGUCCCUGUAUCCCUUGAUGGCCGACCUCGACUCCCUCUCCGCUCCCAAACCCGACCCCACCACAACCACCUCCACGGCUUUUCCGGUCAGGUCGUUAGGUCAUAGGAAUUUGAGUCAUGAGGAGUUCAUUCCAAAGAGGGAUCUGAGGAAUGAGAGCUCAGGCUAUCGUCGGAAAUUGGAGAGCGGCGUGGGGAGUAGUGGUGGUGGUGGUGGUGUGGUGAGGAAGGCGGAUCCGGCGGAGGAGAUAGUGUCGUCGAUCCGGUCGCUGGGGGAGAAGUAUAUGAAGGUGGAGAAGAGGAAGAUGGAGAUGGCGAGGGAGAUUGUGGUGAUGCAAAUGGACAUGGAAAUGAAGCAGACUCAGGUCAUCAUGGAGUCGCAGCAGCAGAUGGUGAGUGCUUGUGUUAGUGCAUUGUUGGAGAGUAGGAGGAGGAAGAAGAAGAACAGGAAGAUCAAUGUGGCGCCCAGUGCCGACUGAUUGAUGGAGCUGUUUAUGAUGUAAAUGAGGAGAAAUGUGUACCAGGAGGAUGUGGCUUGAAGAAGAGAGGUCUUUGGUGUUGACAAGAAGUAAGAUUCUCUUCUGGGAUUAAUUGUACUUUUAGCUGUAGAAAUGGCUAGUUUUCUUUUUGUAUCUAAUGUCUCGGAUUCAAGGUUUGGAGCAUGAAGUUGGAGCAAUUUAUACCAAUCUUCUAACAAUUUAGUGCUUCUCAGUUUCAAUUACGUACUGUUAUGUUUCAUGUAUGUGCUCUAAGAUUUUUCAAUCUGUUUGUUUCUAACUCUUCUAGGCUCUCUUUUGGGGACCUGGAUUAUAACAUUAGGCACUGAGCUGUUUGUUCCAGUGCAUUAUUUCCAGAACAGUGGUAUACUCUGAUAUUUUCCUUGUUAUGUUGCCCAUUGUGGUCCAGAUUCUUGCCCAAAGAAUAUCUCCGACAAUAGUGAAUAGAAUGCAUAAAAAAAGGAGGAACAAUUAUAGGUUGUUGCUCUAGGAAGGCUAAGACUUUGAGGGGAAAAUAGGAAACAGUGCAUGACGAAAUCUUCAGCCUAAGACUUACCAGAGCCUUGUGAAUGCCCCCCUUGAGCUAUCGAAUGAAUAGUUUUGGCAAUAUAAACUGGAUGAAGCAAACCCAGGUUAUAUAAGCUGAGACACAUCAGUAUAAUACCAAUCUGAAGAUCCCGAGACUCACUAACUCCAUUUUGUAUUUACUUUCAUCUAUAUUUGCUUCAUAUCUUCAGAUUACUAUGAUGCUGAGUGAACUGUUAUCACAUUUUAGAUUAGUAUGUGUCCAUGAAACUAUACUUGUAGAUGGUACUUUUGAGGCAAUUAUAACUUUGAGGGAUUCUGGGAAUUUGGCAGAUAAAUUGUAAUGUUUCCACAGUACAUUUACUUGCAUGAAUAUUUCAAGAAUUUCUGAAGUAUCUGUUAGCUUAUUCACAGUUUAUGAAUAUGUGAGUUUUUUCACAUGUUUCUGAUAUACGUGCAUGCAUUUGAAGUAGAUGAUGUAUAUCAUCAUUGAAAUACAAUAAUGUAAUUACAACUGAGUAAACCGGAAAAGGCUUCUUUAAUGUCCCUGAAAAUUCCACAGUAGAGGAUGAUUGGGAUGCCAAUUGAGCUCUAAUGGUCCCUUGGUUCCCUCAUAAUGGCCGAGCAUAGCUGUCAUAAUCCAUUACUUAUAGUUAGGUGGUAAGGAGAGAAGUCUUUAUAGGUUCUUUUUUACCAUACUAGUAUACCUUUACUGAUUUAGUUAGAAAGUAACUGUGGCUAGUAGCAACAGACUACUUUGGUGGUAUGGUGUAAAAGUUUUUCUAUUUUAACUGGUCUAUAAUGGAUGAAUGAUCCUGAUUCUCCAUAUGGAGUGACAUAGGUGUUUGCAUAGAAUUUCAGAGUGUUUAGAUUAUCCUAUGAAUUGCUUUAUGUGAUUAUAUUGUGUAGGAUUAUGGUGAUGGAAGGCUAAAGCUAGGAAAUACCACUUUUAGAUCAUUUCUUUUGGUUGGUUAGAGAAGUUAAGUGACAAAGUGGCAAAAGAUUUCAGUUUUAGUGAUCUUAGGAGCAUUUCAUUCAAUAAAACUUGGAAAUUGUUUAAUAGUUACAGUCAAGUGAUUCCUUAGAGAGUGCAUAAGGUCUCAAAUAACUUUAUUAGAACAUAACUCCUUGUUGUAUCUACUUUCAUCUGUUUGCUUCAAAUCUUCCAAAAAAGUUUAGUUUUAUACUGAAUGAACUUUUAUCACAUUUCAGAUUUUUUACAGUCACAAUAGAAGUAAUUACAAAACAAUAAUUAACUGCUUAUUCUUCCCCUAGGCCUUCAAACUCAGGAUAUUUGUUGUGCUGUAACCUUUAAAAUGGUCAUUACUAUCAUUAAUUAUAUUAUUAUAAAUAGGAUUUAUACACUUAACAACAGAAUCAUAAAUACAAACAAUCAAUACAACUGCUGCCACCUCUAUGUUUUUGAGUUAUUCUCCAUUAUGUUAUGAGUUUGAGAUUUAAUGAGAUUGUUUGCAACUUGCAAGUAUUAUUGAUUGUGGAGUAGCUGAGUGACAAAGUCCAAACACAUUUUAACUUGGGAAGCAUUAUAACUUGCAUUUGCU